UCACUAGUAUUUAUAUUCCACACCCACAGCUAAGCAGGAGCACUUCUCCCCCAACUUCCAAGUCCAACAAAGAAAGAAAAACACUAAACAAUGGCCAAACUCAGCCUACUACUACUACCUGUACUUCUCACCUUCGUCUCCACUUCUCUCUCUUGUCCUGAACAUCAAAAACAAGCCCUUCUCCACUUUAAAGCCUCCUUCAUCAAUGCUACUUCUUCAACAAAAAGCACAUUGAAUCGGUUAGAUUCAUGGAAUUCCAGCUCCGAUUGUUGCCACUGGGAUGGGGUCAGUUGUAGUUCUCACUUUGGUUCCAAGACUGUGCUAGCUCUAUAUUUGGACCAUAUCAUCACGUCGAAUUCACAGGAGCCAGUGUGGUUGCCUUCCACCAUCUGGACACCGCUCUUUCACAUUAGAAGCUUGAUGCACCUUGACUUGUCUGGCAAUGAAAUACGAGGAGAAUUGCCACGUGAUGGCUUUGGCAAUUUGACCAAAUUAGUUCAUCUUGAUUUGGGGCUUAAUCACUUCAAUGGCUCCAUUCUCUCUCAACUUUUUCACUUGAGGUAUCUUCAAUAUCUUGAUUUGAGUUCCAAUUCAUUCCAGGGAGAAUUGCCACGUGAUGGCUUUGGCAAUUUGACCAAAUUAGUUCAUCUUGAUUUGGGGUCUAUUUACUCCAAUGGAUCCUUUCCCUCUCAACUUCCCUCUCAACUUUUUCACUUGAGGUAUCUUCAAUAUCUUGAUCUGAGUUACAAUUCAUUCCAGGGAGAAUUGCCACGUGAUGGCUUUGGCAAUUUGACCAAAUUAGUACAUCUUGAUUUGAGUCAUAAUUCAUUCAGUGGAAAUAUCCCGAACGAGAUAGGGAACGAAACAGAGUUGCAGACAUUGUCUCUUCAACACAACAAUUUCUUUGGUAAAAUUCCAUCUUCAAUUUUGAACUUGAAGAGAUUGGAAGAAUUGGACUUGAGUUACAAUUCAUUGUCCAUGGAAAUUCCUAUUGAUAUUGGCAAUCUAUCUAACAUAACUAGUUUGGUCUUGAGCAACAACAAGUUGACAGGUAGAAUCCCAUCAUCCAUAUUGAAAUUAAAGAAGUUGGAAAGACUUCAAUUGGACAAUAACAUGCUUGUUGGAGAAAUUCCAUCCGGGUUGUCCUAUAUCAAGGGCUUGAAGAGUCUUCUGCUUGGAGGCAAUCAUCUCACUUGGAAUAACAAUGCAACGAUAGAGCCAAAGUUUAUACUAUCUGAGUUGUCUUUAAAGUCUUGUAGUCUUGAAGGAGAAAUUCCAAAUUGGAUUUCUACACAAAAGACUCUUAACUUUCUGGACUUGAGUGAGAACCAACUAGAAGGAAUGUUCCCACAAUGGCUUGCUAAAAUGGAUGUUGGAUUUAUAUCUCUGUCAGGUAACAGUCUCGCAGGUUCUCUCUCACCUUUUCUUUUCAACUCUCACAAUUUAGUUUUUCUUUCCCUAUCUCGUAACAACUUUUAUGGAGAACUACCAAGCAACAUUGGUAAUGCCUCUUCACUCUUGGUUCUUAUGUUGGAUGGCAACAAUUUUUCAGGGAAUCUUCCUGAAUCCAUCACCAACAUUUAUAGUCUAGUGUUAUUGGACUUGUCAAACAACAAUUUUUCUAGCAACUUGACUGAUAUGACCACUCUCGAACACCUAAACAUCCAUGACAACAAAAUUACAAGUGAAUUUCUAGACCGUGUCUGCCAAAUCUCCAACCUUUAUAUCCUAAAUUUACGAAACAACUCUCUCUAUGGUUCAAUCCCAAACUGUUUUUCCAACCUCUUUCGCCUCCAAAUUCUUGAUCUCUCAAGUAACCAUCUAAUUGGAGAUAUCCCUCCAAAGUUUGGAAAUCUUGCUGGUAUGAUUGAAACAUCUGACGUAACUUCAUAUAUCGAAGAUAAUUUGAACGUUAGUUUUGUCUUGGGAAACAGGAUUAUUGAUGUGAUUGUGAUUUGGAAGCGGUCGAAACAAGGUAUCUCAUGGAACAACCUUUACAUCUGCUCUUUGUUAGACUUGUCUAUGAACCAACUUUCUGGUGAAAUUCCAGCUUCAUUAGGUAGUCUGAAGGCUUUAAAGCUUCUCAAUGUCUCACACAACAAUCUUUAUGGGAAGUUACCAGUAAGUUUUGGCGAUUUAAAGAAUUUAGAAAGUUUGGACUUGUCACACAACAAUCUAUCGGGCUCAAUUCCACAAUCACUAGCAAACUUGCAACAAUUGACUACUUUGGAUGUGAGUAACAACAAACUUACAGGUAAGAUUCCAAUGGGUAAUCAAAUGCAGACAAUGGAUGAUCCAAAAUUUUAUGCCAAUAACAGUGGAUUGUGUGGAAUGCAAAUUCGGGUGUCAUGUUCAGAAGCCUUAUCACCAACAAAACCACCUGGUGUUAAAAAUAAGGAAACUUGGUUCUCAUGGGAAGGAGUGGGAAUUGGAUAUGCAGUUAGUUUCUCUGUAACAGUGGGAAUUCUAUAUCUUACUGACAAUUUUGUCCCUACAAAACCUCCAAAUUACCGCCGUCAACAAAGAAGGCAAAGAGUAUAAAUGUCAAGUCUCUCACAAGUUAUGCAUGCAGUGGUUAAAGAUCUAAAUUCCAGCAUUGAAAAGACUUUCAAUCAAGCAAAUGGUGACAAGUAGUCAUUUAUAAGUAUCAAGAAGUAAGUUGGCUUGUAAGGCUACAAUUUAUCAUAUCUGAAGGGAUAAAAAAAAUAAAAGCGUUCUCAAUGCUGAAAUGAGAGGUGAAGUGGAGUUUAUGAGAGGUAUUACUUCUGUAAGAGUUAGAUUAGCAACUAAAACUAAGGUUAAGAACAGUGCUCAAUGAAAGAUGUUAUGCUAUUAGGAUCCCUUCUAUGUUUUUUAUUUUUAAAUUGUUGUUUUAUGUUGUACUUUAGUAGCCAAUGAGACUUAUUUCUCUUUA